AUGUCCGGCUUGCCUUGUGCCGAUAACCUGCUUCUGGUGGCGGAUUCCUACAAGAUCUCACACCACUUGCAGUACCCACCCAACACCACGCGUGUCUACUCCUACUUUGAGAGCCGCGGAGGUCAAUUUCAAGAAACAUGCUUUUUUGGCUUGCAAUACAUCCUCAAGCGCUGGCUGGUGGGCCAGGUCGUGACUCAGGCCAAAAUCGACGAAGCCGCCGAGCUCUACCAGCUUCAUUUUGGGUCCGACGCCGUCUUCAACCGUCAAGGCUGGGAGUACAUUCUGCAGGAACAUAACGGCCACCUGCCCAUUGAAAUUAAGGCUGUUCCCGAAGGCACUGUCCUGCCCGUCAAGAAUGUCUUGUUUACGGUCGAGAAUACUGACCCAAAAUGUUACUGGCUGACAAACUUUCUCGAAACGCUUUUGGUUCAAGCCUGGUAUCCCAUGACCGUGGCUACCAACUCGCGCGAGCACAAAAAGAUUCUACAAGCUUACCUCAACGCAACUGCUGACAAUGCCGAUGGUCUGGCGUUUAAGCUUCACGACUUUGGCUUUCGGGGUGUAUCCUCGGUUGAGUCUGCAGCGAUUGGUGGUGCUGCGCACCUCGUCAACUUUCUGGGGACGGACACGAUCGCGGGCGUCGUGCUGGCGCGCGACUACUAUGGCUGCCCCAUUGCUGGGUUCUCCAUCCCAGCUUCAGAGCACUCAACCAUGACCUCGUGGACGCGUCAGGGUGAGGCAGCUGCCAUGCGCAACAUGUUGGAACGCUUUCCCACCGGCCUCGUGGCCUGUGUGAGCGAUAGCUACGAUAUCUGGAACGCCUGCGAGAACCUAUGGGGUCGCGAACUUAAGGAUCUGGUAAUGAGCCGCGGUGAAACCAAUUCAACGCUGGUUAUUCGGCCCGACAGUGGUGAUCCCCCCACUGUUGUGGUGCGCUGCCUCGAGCUUCUGGGCCAGGCUUUUGGCGUGUCCAUCAACAGCAAAGGGUACAAGAUGCUGCCGCCAUACGUGCGCGUGAUCCAGGGUGAUGGCAUUGGCUUGCAAAGUUUGGGCGAGAUCCUGCAUCACAUGGCGGCCAACGGUUGGUCGGCAGACAAUGUGGCCUUUGGCUCUGGCGGGUCGCUGUUGCAAAAGCACAAUCGGGACACGCAAAAGUGUGCUUACAAAUGUAGCUUUGCGGAGGUCGAUGGUGAGCAGCGAGACGUUUACAAGGAUCCCGUUACGGACCCCGGCAAAAAGUCCAAGCGCGGUCGCUUGACGCUUCGACGUGGGGAUGCGGGGGAUUGGACCACCGUCACUGAAGGCCAGGGCACACCUGAUUCGGAUGAAUUGGUGGUCGUCUUCCGCGACGGCUGUCUUGUACAAGAGUACACGAUGGACGAGGUGCGAGAGCGCGCCAAGAUCUUGGAUGGCAACGGCGGUUACAUGGAGGAGAUUCCGGCGCCCAAGUUGGAGACGGUCAAAAGCAUCUUGAGCGAAACGCCUCGCGUGCGCACGAGCUCCAAUCGCAGUGUGAUCCCUGUGUAA